AUGGUGCAGCAAGCGCUCGCGUGCGUGUUGCUGCGGAAGAACCAGAGGCCGUUCAUGGUCGUCGCCGACAGCAACCAAGUCGUGAUGAUGGCAACGCAAGCUAUCCUCGAGCUGCGCCCCGACAUCUUAUGUCUCCCAGGAGACCCCGGCGUGAAGUUUUAUCCAGCCAAGGUCGGCGAGAAAUGGCUAAGCGCUGAUGACCCGCUUCUGGAAAAACUGAAGGUGUACACAACUUCUGAAGAGAUCGAGAGCCUGGUGGGCAAGGAGAUUGACUCAACGGGUUUGGUCGGUGCCGUCUUUGAGGGGGCCGCCACGCACGGCCAGCUAUAUGUGCUCGUGGCUGUUGCCGAUGGUGCCCUUGGAGUGACACCGGAGACUUCGACGUCGGCAAGACCCUCGAUUCAGUGUUACGACAAUGGCCGGACAUCUUCUUGGAGAGACGACUUCCUGAAGACAGCGCUAUCUGCAGAGUCUUUGCCGCAUGCUUCAGAGCUGGAAGGGUUGUUCAAGCAGCCUCUCCCCGAGAAGAUUCGUGUGGAUAUGGCGUUGCGUGAACAAUGGCUCCGGACUGGUGAAGUCUCUCCAGAUCUGAUCGACAAGAUCUUCGUCACAAGCGCAAACCCUCCGCGCAUUCGCCCAAUUCUGGAACGAUAUGGCUUCCAGAACGCCAAGCAGCAUCUGACGCAAGUGUACAAAAUGCUGGUCGAGAACGACGUUCCUCAUGUGGAUCGGCUCGUCGACACGUACGAAUCUAACGGACUCGUUUUGCAGCCACGAGGUCGCGAGGUAAGGCCGACCAACUUGACGGAGCUAUUUCGCGCCUUGCGCAAUGUGCUGGAGGCUCUGGUGGCUCUGCACUCCGCAUCGUCGAUGCACCGAGACAUCCGCUGGCCCAACGUGCUGAAGCGCUGUGAUGGCUCCGAGACGUGUGGCGAGCACCUCAGCCCAGACGAGCACGCCCCCGAAAUCUUCAGCCCCGGCGCAGAUCAUACAACGGCUGUGGAUAUUUGGUCGGUUGGGCACUGGAUCAAAACGAGCGGAGUGACGUGGUUCGAUUUACCGGAGAAACUAGCGUUCCAGGAUGAACUCAUGCACGCCGACCCUGCAAGGCGCCCAAGUGCUGAGGUUGCUCUGAAGCGGCUCACGGAGCUGGAGGAAAAGGAGCUGAAACGAGAGACCGACCACCUUUUGAUCCGACAGAAACGAAGCGAUCAGGAGGAGAAGAUCGAUAUGGCGUCGAGGAAGCCUCCACGAGCGGGUUAG